AUGCGGAGCGGUCGAAACACGUCUGCAAUCAGAAGGACCAGAUCGAUGUAUGCCGAUGCAAAGACCGAAUCCCAGUCGAUUGAAUUCAUCGGAAAACGAUCGUCGGAUUAUCGGAAUGCCCUGUCGCACUACGCCGACGCAUGGCGGCCGGACAUCGCCUGCAUGAAGCGGUUUCUUCAACCCGCGCAAGGCGAGCGCAUUCUCGAAGUCGGGGCCGGGAACGGAUAUUUCAGUGUCGCCAUCGCCGAUUGCCUGGGGCCGGACGGGCUCCUUGUGGCAAGCGAUCCUUCAACCGAUCAGUUGGCCGGUAUCGAAGCCGAAAGCAGGCACGGCAACAUCCGGGUUGUGCCGGCAUCGGCCGACACGCUCGACAUCGAUUUCCACGGGUUCGACGCGAUCUGGAGCCGUGGCGCAAUCCAUCACGUCACCGACAAGACCGCCGCGUUCACCCGGUUUGCCGAGCUGGCGCGGCCCGGCGCGCGCUUGGCUGUCGCGGACGUCUUCUCCGGAACGGUGCUUGCCAGAUAUUUCGACAGCUUCAUCGCGCGAAGCUGCAGCACGGGCCACGAGGUGGCAUUCUUGUCGCGCGAGUUCGCCGAGAGCCUUUGCGCGCUCACGGGCUGGGGAGAGCCCGUCUUUCAUGAAGUCGUCACACCCUGGGAGUUCAAGAAGCGCGAGGACAUCGGCUGUUUUCUGCAGCUCUUGUUUUCCGCCAAACCCGGCUACAGCGCCGAAGACUGCCUUGAAGCUGCGGACCGGCACCUGAGCGUGAGCCAGACGACGUCCGGCUGGGCGCUCAUGUGGCCCAUGACCGUGAUGACAUCGGUCCGGAUCCGCGCCAUGCGCCGACCCCGGAAGCUGAAAGGACAUGGCGACAGACAAGGCGUGCGCCGCAAGCGCUCCCUCUCGCAGGGCCGCCGCAAACCCGAUUUGCGGGUUGUUCGCCGAUACGGCCAUGAUACGGGCCGGGGCACGUCGUCACCUCGCCGGGAGCAUCCCGCGCUCGGGCGACAUGGCGAUCUCGGGCGACAUGGCGAUGCUGCUUGUGGCGGCCUCCGGGCGGCGUCCGCGAUGCCCGAAAGUCGAGUGGCGCCGAAUGUCGCCAUCUAUCACGGCAGCGUCGGCGCGUUCGCUCAUAUCGCCUGCGAAAGCGCCUUCCCCGACGCCAGAAGCAUUGCCGGUGACAGUUUGCUCGACGUCGUCGAUGCGGUGCGAAGCGGCGCGGCAGACGUCGCCGUCUUGCCGUGUGAGAACGUUCUUGCCGGCCGGGUGCCGGACAUUCACAUGCUCUUGCCGGAAGCCGGUCUUUCGAUUGUCGGCGAGAUCUUCCUGCCGAUCGAGCUUCAUCUGGUUGCCCCGGAAGGCUGGUCGCUUGCGGAGAUAAGGCGGGUGCAUUCCCAUCCGGUCGCGCUGCGGCAGGUGCAGCGCUUUCUGAGGUCAAACGGCCUCUUCGCCGUUGCACAGAGCGAUACCGCCACCGCGGCGGCGCUGAUCAAACAGAAGGGCGAUCGUGCGGACGCCGCCAUUGCCUCGAAUCUCGCCGCACAGACCUAUGGCCUCCAAGUCCUGAAGCCGAACAUACAGGACGAUCCCUUCAACAUGACCCGCUUCUAUGUGCUGGCGGCAAAGCCGAUCGUUCCGGCGGCGGAUCGGCCAGACGUCCUGACCUGCCUGAUGUUUGAAGUCCGCAAUACGCCCGGAGCCCUGUUUCGGGCGGUCGGCGGCUUUGCCGAAAACGGCAUCAACCUCACCAGGCUGGAGAGUUAUCUGGUCGGCGGCCAAUUCGUGGCAACCCGUUUCCUGUGCGAGUUCGAGGGCCAUCCGGACGGCCCGCCGGUUCGCCGGGCGCUUCAUACACUUCGGCACUUCACGACCAGUCAGACCAUCAUGGGCGUGUUUCCAAUGCACAGCGUCGAAACCGGGGCUUUCCCGAUGUCAGCCUUGAACUCACCUCGCACCGACGAGAACGAUCCGCUGGCAGAUGUGGUGUCGGCGCUCAAAGCGAUGCUGGGCGACCGCCUGUCCACCUCUGCGGCCGUGCGCCAGCACCAUGGUCAGGACGCCAACUACCUGCCGCCUUAUCCGCCGGAUGCGGUUGCCUUCCCCGAAGACGCAGCCGAGGUCGCCGCCAUCGUCGCCUUGUGCCACGACCACGAUGUUCCGGUGAUCGCCUUCGGUACGGGGACUUCGUGCGAGGGGCAUGUCGCGGCUCUGCACGGCGGUAUUUGCCUGGACAUGUCGCAAAUGGAUGCGAUCGGCCCGGUGAGCACCGCCGACAUGACGUGCGUCGUCCAGCCGGGAGUGACCAGAAAAAAGCUGAACGCCCAUCUGCGCGACUGUGGCCUGUUCUUUCCGGUGGACCCGGGCGCCGACGCUUCCAUCGGCGGAAUGAUAUCGACCCGUGCCUCCGGUACGAUGGCCGUGCGGUACGGCACCAUGAAGGACCAAAUCGUCUCCCUGGAUGUCGUCCUGGCCGACGGGACGCAGAUGCGGACGUCAAGUUCGGCGCGCAAAUCGUCGUCCGGAUACGAUCUGACCCGGCUUUUCGUCGGUGCCGAAGGCACCCUUGGCGUUAUCGUCUCCGCCACAUUGCGGCUUCAUCCCGUUCCCGAAGCUGUCGAGACCCUGUUGAUCGCUUUUCCGUCUCACACCGGAGCGAUCGACUGCGCGAUCGAGAUCAUGGGUGCGGGCAUCCCUGUCGCCCGGAUCGAAUAUCUCGAUGACGUCCAGAUCCGCGCCAUCCAAGCCCAUUCCGACCUCGGGCUGACCUCCGGCGAGACACUGAUCGUGGAAUGCGCCGGUGAACCUGACAGCGUUUCGCGCCAGACCGCGUGGAUUGCCGAAAUCGCCGCCGAACAUGCGGCGGCGCGGAUCGACACGGCCCGUCUUCCCGAAGAACGCGCGCGCAUCUGGCGGGCCCGGCACGACGCAUGGUGGGCCGCACUGGCGCUGCGGCCGGGCGCCAAGGGCAUUCCAACCGACAGUUGCGUUCCCGUCUCCCGGCUGGCGGAAGCCAUCGCCCUCGCCAAACAGGACUGCGCGCAGCUCGGGCUCACGGCACCGAUCUGCGGUCAUGUCGGCGACGGCAAUUUCCACAUGUGCGUCAUCUUCGAUCCGGACGCGCCGUCCGAACGCGAAAAGGUCGACGAGCUUCUGCGGCGCUUGUCGCGGCGCGCCAUCGCCCUUGGCGGAACGAUCACCGGCGAACAUGGGAUCGGAUAUGGCAAGCGGGCUUAUCUUGCCGAAGAACAUGGCGCUGCCGGCGUGCGCGCGAUGGCGGCCAUCAAGCGGGCGCUUGACCCGCGCGGCAUCGGUCCGAUGAUACAUCGCCAACACUCCAUUGCCGAUUUUCGCGAAACAGCCCGCCGGCGGCUUCCCCGCUUCGUCUUCGACUUCAUCGACGGCGGAAGCGGAACGGAAAACACUUUGGCCGAAAACCGGACGGCGCUUGACCGGGUCCGUCUCGUCGGCUCUGCGCCAACCGACAUCAGCUCGUGUUCGCAGUCGGUGAGCCUUUUCGGUCAGCGCUAUGACCGUCCGAUCAUCAUCGGUCCGACAGGACUGGCCGGCGCCGCAUGGCCACGCGGGGACGUCGAUUUGGCCCGCGCCGCGGCCGCCCACAACAUUCCAUUUGUCAUGAGCACGGCCGCGACGGCCACCAUGGAAGCGGUCGCCGCCGCCGGCAAUGGCGCCAAAUGGUUCCAGCUUUACAUCUUCAAGGAUCGGGCGGUCAGCAAGCGGCUUGUCGCCAAGGCACGCGAUCUCGGUUUCGGCGCGCUCGAGGUGACGGUCGACAAUGCCAUUCCCGGACGCCGUCUGCGCGAUGCGAAGAACGGCUUUUCUUUGCCGUUCCGCUGGUCACCGGCAAAGCUGGCGAGUCUUGCCGCCCAUCCCGGCUGGAGCCUGCGGACGGCGCGCGCCGGCCCGCCAAGACUGGAGGUCAUGGCGGCCGAACUCGGCCUGGAGAAGGCCGACACGAUCGCAGAACUCAUGCAGGCCCAGCUCGAUCCUUCCGUUGAUUGGGAAGACAUCAAAUGGGUGCGCGACGCCUGGGACGGUCCGCUGGUCGUCAAAGGCAUGCUCGAUCCCGGCCAGGUUGCCAAGGCAUUGGAGAUCGGCGUCGACGGGCUGGUCAUAUCCAACCAUGGCGGGCGCCAACUCGAUGGCGCGAUCGCCACGAUCGACAUACUGCCCGAGUUCCGGGCCGAGUGCGGAUCGAGGCUCACCCUUCUCGUCGACAGCGGCUUCCGGACGGGCUCGGACAUUGCCCGUGCACUCUGUCUUGGUGCCGAUGCCGUCCAGGUCGGCCGUGCAACGCUCUACGCCCUUGCGUGUGGAGGCGAGGAAAGCGUCAGUCAUGCGCUGUCCAUCCUCGGAAGCGAGCUCAACGUCGCUCAGAUGCUGAUGGGGGCGCGGACGGUCAAGGACUUCGACCAGUCCAUGGUGCGUUGCCGCUUGGCACCCGAAAACCCCGAACCGAUGGCGACAGCCGCCGCCGCGCCGCGGCAGUCGGGCCACCUGUCGACGGCUGCCGAAAACACCCAUGGCGCCCUGCCCUACCCCGCGCCUCAAGCUUCGCGGAAACGCGAGUUCCAAGUCGCGAUCACCUACAUCAUCGAUCAUCCUGCGAUCGACGCGGCGCGCAUGGGCAUCGUCGAUGAAUUGGAAGCCCACGGGUUCAAGGAGGGCGAAACGCUCGAACUGCGUGUCCAGAGCGCUCAGGGCAGCAUGCCCACGCAGCUCCAGAUCGCAAAAGAGUUCGCGGGACUGGAACCCGAUCUGCUCGUCGCCAUCAGCACACCUUCGGCCCAGGCGCUUCAAAGCACGGCCGGCGACAUCCCGCUUCUCUUCGCGGCCGUCACCGAUCCGGUCGGCGCCAAGCUGGUCGAGAGCAUCGAGGCACCGGGCGGAAACAUCACCGGCACGACCGACAAACAACCCUUCGGACCGACAUUGGCGCUGAUCAAGACGCUUGUCCCCGACGCAAAGAGGAUCGGGGUCAUCUACAAUGCCGGCGAAGCCAAUUCCGUGUCCCAGGUCGCCGCACUGAAGGUUGAACUGGAGGCGCAUGGCCUCGAGAUCGAGGAAAGCACCGCCUCCCAGACGGCGAUGGUCGCCGAUGCGGCCCUCAGCCUGGCCGGGCGUGCCGACGCCAUCCUCAUCCCCACGGACAGCACCAUUGUGGCAGCGGUGGAGAGCGUCGUGAACGUUGGCGAGAGGGCGAAGAUCCCGGUCUUCGCCAGCGACACGGAUUCCGUCGAGCGCGGUGCGCUGGCUGCCCUCGGUUUCGACUAUUACAAGCUCGGGCGCCUGACCGGCGAGAUGGCAGUGCGUGUGUUGAACGGGGAGAGCCCGGCGGCGAUCCCGGUGGGAGCGCUGGACACGCAGGUGAGCGCGCUAGCCGUCGCCGGCGCCGUUGAAGCCGGCCUUCUCUUCUCCCUUGUGGCGCUCGGGGUUUAUCUCUCCUUUCGCGUCCUCAACUUUCCCGACCUGACGGUCGAUGGCAGCUUCCCACUCGGGGCUGCCGCGACCGCUGUCGCGAUCAUUCAUGGCGUCAAUCCGUUCCUUGCGACGGUCAUAGGUACGUUCGCCGGCUGUUGCGCUGGCUUCGUGUCGGCCUUUUUGAACGUCCGGUUCCGGAUUCUCAAUCUGUUGGCCGGCAUCCUGACCAUGGUGGCCCUCUACUCGAUCAAUCUGCGCGUGAUGGGACGACCGAACAUCUCGCUAUACGGCGAGAACACGAUCUUCACCGCGUUCGAGGGGGUGAUCGAUCUCGGGAUCUGGACGACCAGCGCGAUCCUUCUGGUUUUCGCAAUUGCCAUGAAACUGCUCGUCGACUGGUUCCUGGGAACACAGGUCGGCCUGGCGCUCAGGGCCAGCGGAGAGAACCCGGCCAUGGCUCGCGCACAAUCGGUCAGCAACGGACGCAUGACGAUCAUCGGCAUGUCGGUGAGCAACGCCCUUGUCGGGCUGGCCGGCUCCCUCUUCGCCCAGAGCCAGGGCGUCGCCGACGUUUCGCUGGGCAUCGGUACGAUUGUGACCGGCCUUGCCGCAUUGAUCAUCGGCGAAACCCUUCUGGGCUCGACAAAGGUCUUCUGGGCGACGCUUGGCUGUCUCAUCGGCGCGCUUCUCUAUCGCCUGUUCAUCGCCGCCGCCCUCAGCGCGGGAUUUCUCGGCAUUCAGGCGCAGGACCUCAAUCUCGUCACGGCCGUUGUUGUCGCGAUCGCCGGUGAAUUCGUGCUCAGUGUUUGCGAUGCCUUUUUGACGUUCAACCCGGGAACGCCGCUGGCGGUUCCGGCACUGCGCGGUGUGGAUCUCGACGUGGAGGAAGGCCAGUUCGUCACGGUCAUCGGCACCAACGGCGCCGGCAAGUCCACGCUUUUGUCAGCCAUCGCCGGAGAUGUCCGUCUCGACAAGGGCGGCAUCUAUAUCGACGGUCAGGAAGUCACCAAUUGGCGCACGGAGCAGCGGGCCAGCAUGAUCGGGCGGGUUUUCCAGGAACCGCGCGCCGGCACCUGCAGCGGCCUGACCGUGGAGGAAAACCUCGCCCUUGCGGCAAGCCGCGGCAGCAGGCGAAGCCUGCGCAAUGCGCUGGGCCGGGGCGGCCAGAGGCGCCGGCUGGCCGACCAGCUCUCACGGCUCGACAUGGGGAUGGAAGACAGGCUCGGUGCGAUGGCCGGAACGCUUUCGGGAGGACAGAGGCAGGCACUCAGCCUGCUGAUGGCGACCCUGCUGCCGAUGAAGAUCCUCAUUCUGGACGAACACACCGCCGCGCUUGAUCCGGGCGCCGCAGCGACGGUCCUCGAUCUGUCGGCGGAAAUCACCGGAGAGCAGAAACUGACAACUCUCAUGGUGACGCACAGUAUGCGCAACUCGCUCGAUUACGGCGACCGCACCAUCAUGAUGAACGGCGGCCGCAUCCUGCUCGAUGUUCAUGGUGACGCGCGGAAGGGCUACGAAGUUCCGGACCUGCUCGAUCUUUUCAAGAAGACCACCGGCACCGAGGUCGAAGACGACCAGCUCAUCUUGUCCUGA